AGAGAGAAGGAGGAGAAUGAAAAGAAGGGUGAGAAGGAGAGAUUAGAGAAGGAGAGAAGUAGGAAAGAGCAAGAGAGGCUCGAAAGGGAAAAGAGAGAGAAGGAGAGAGAAGAGUACGAGAAGAGACUGCUUGAGCAGCAUAAGAGAAGGAGCAGUCUGGAAAGAUCCCCACCAGUAGGGAUAAGGAGAGACAUAAGACCGGAAAGAAGUACGGACGGAGAGUCCGAGACGACUACAGAAGAUGAUACCAAGAAGAGAAAGGAAAGAGAAGAAGAAAGUCCUAAAAGGUGAAGAAAAAGAACAGAACCGGAAAGGAACGAGAAGAAGAAGAAGAAGAAGAGGCGGAAGAAGAGCCAAUGGAUGAAGAGACGCAAGAAAUAGAGCCAACACCGCAGAAGAAGAUGGAAGAGUUGUUAAAGAAGAUGGAGAACUGGUCUGAGAGACAGAUAAAGAGCAAAACAAUAAGCAAGACGCAAUUGAGUGAAUUAAAUAAGCUGGUGGGGAUGAUGAGGAAGGAGCUGAAAGAGAUGGAGAUAGAGAAGGCGAAGAUGGAAGGAAGGCUCGAAGAGCGGAAGGAGAUAGUAAACAUGUUUAAGGAAGCCCUGAAGGAGGAAGGAGAGAGAAAGAGCAGAGAAGGAGCACAAGAAGAAGGGACGACUAAGUCCUUCGCUGAUAUUGUGAGAGAUGAAAGAAAGAUGAAGGAGAAAAGGCCCCCUGCAAUUACAGGUAAGAGGGGAGAGCCGGCCAGAUCAUCAAACGUUGUGUUGGUGAGAAAAGAAGGAAGGGAAAGUGAGGAAGUGAGGAGAAAGAUGAAGGAGUUGAUAGAUCCUGGGAAAGAAAGGAUAAAUGUAAAGAGAAUGACAAAUGUGAAAAAUGGAAUCUUGCUGGAGGUGACCUCAAAAGAAGAGGUGAAGAGAUUAGUGGAGGAUGAAGGAAUGAAAGGAGAGGGAAUAGAGGUGAAAGCACCGGAUAAGAAAAGACCAAUGCUGAUGAUUUAUGAUGUUGAAAUGAGCUUAAAGGAUGAUGAAAUCAUGAAAGAAAUUUAUGAACGGAACCUGAAGGAGGAGAUGACGGAGGAUGAGAUGAAGGAAGGAUUCACAAUACGGAGUCGGAAGGAGGAAGGGAAAGGAGACAGAAGAAGAAGGAUAGGAAGUAUAAUUGUGCAAUGUAGUGCGAAGGUGAGAAACCUGUUAAGAAGAAGGGAGAGGCUGUAUAUAGGAUGGACAUCAAACAGGGCUAAGGAUUAUAUAGACUUGCCCAGAUGUUACAGAUGCCAACGUUUUGGACACGUGGCUAAGUACUGUAAUGGUAAGAAAGCAUGCCCCAGAUGUAGUGAGGAGCAUGAUAUCAAGGACUGCCGAGUGCAGGAAGAUGCACCCUGGAAGUGUGUAAAUUGUGAGAGAGAUGGAAAGGUGGAUCUCAACCACGAUGUGCGAUGGAAGGGAUGCCCGGCAUACAAGAGGGCGGAGAAGAGGUACUUGGAGUCAGUUGCCUAUGAUUAG